AUGAAGAUGCUGCUGCUGUUUUCCGUGUGUCUGUGGGUCAGCUCCAUGGUCAGCUCUGCGGAGGCCUACGGGCAGAUCAUGACCGGACACCCCCGCGACGUGUCCGUACACAACAGUAAAGUCAUGAGGGCGGCUCAGUUUGCCGUUAAAGACUUGAACCAGGCCAACUCUCAGCAACCUUUCUCUUACCAAAUCACCAACGUGACCUCGGCCAAGGUUCAGGUGGUCGCUGGGAUAAACUACAUAAUGGAGAUGCAACUCAGACCCGUGUGCAAGUCGAGGUCUCCAAGAAAGUGCCACAAGAGAGCCCAACUCAAGGAACUUCGCUGCAGCUUCGUCGUCACAGAAAUCCCAUGGGAGCACAAACGUUUUGUUUAUCGCAGAAGCUGCAAGCACAAGCCACAAAAACAUUUCUAA